UCUUUCCGCUAUUGCCCCAGCAGCCCAAGAAUUUCCCUUUGGCGUUCUCACUCGGUUCUCACUCGUUUUCUUCUGCCCAAAAUUUUGUAUUGAUAGAUUUUUGUCCCUUGUUUUCUAAAAUUGGAUGGUCAAAAUCAAAUCUUGGGUGACAAUUCCUCGAGCUGAGAUCUUUUAGUGAGAUGGGUUGUUUCCCUUGUCUUGAUUCAGAGGAAGAUGGCUCUGAGUUGCGCAUUACAAAAAAUAAAGAUGAUGAUGAUGGUGAUGAUGAGAAGAGGAUGGAGAAGCCCAUGGUUCCUCCUGGGAUCCAGAGCUUCUCUUUAAGAACUGAGAGUCCCAAGACCAAAAAGAGUCCUCAGUCAAAGAAGGAAUCCAUGAAGCAAGAGGAUGUUCUUGGUAUCAAUAUAUCAGCACAGACUUUCACUUUGAAGGAACUUGCGGCUGCAACAAAAAACUUCAGACCAGAGUGUUUUCUAGGGGAAGGGGGAUUUGGGCGGGUAUAUAAAGGACAGUUACAAAGUACAGGACAGGUUGUGGCUGUAAAACAAUUGGAUACAAGUGGGCUCCAAGGAACUAGAGAAUUUCUCGUGGAGGUUAUCAUGCUCAGCGUGUUGCACCAUCCCAACCUCGUUAAUUUAAUUGGUUAUUGCUAUGAUGGAGAUCAGCGACUUCUUGUGUAUGAGUUCAUGCCCUUGGGAGCACUGGACGAUCAUUUACAUGACCUUCCACCUGAAAAAGAAGCGCUGGACUGGAACACGAGGAUGAAGAUUGCAGCUGGGGCAGCGAAAGGCUUGGAACAUCUCCACGACAAAGCUGACCCUCCCGUUAUCUAUCGGGAUUUCAAAUCAUCCAACAUAUUGCUGGAUGAGGGCUUCCAUCCUAAAUUAUCUGAUUUUGGGCUUGCAAAGCUUGGUCCAACCGGUGACAAGUCUCAUGUUUCCACACGCGUCAUGGGGACCUAUGGAUAUUGUGCUCCAGAGUAUGCAAUGACCGGCCAGUUGACAAAAAAGUCUGAUGUCUAUAGCUUUGGUGUUGUUCUCUUGGAGCUUAUCACAGGAAGGAAAGCCUAUGAUAGUACUAAAUCACAUGGACAGCAGAGUCUUGUUGCGUGGGCACGACCCAUGUUCAAUGAUCGAAAGAAGCUCGCAAAAUUAGCUGACCCGAGGCUUGAGGGUCGCUACCCAAUGCGCGGGCUCUACCAAGCCCUAGCAAUUGCAUCCAUGUGCAUCCAAGAAGAUUCCACAGCUCGUCCCCUGAUCGGAGAUGUUGUGACUGCUCUCUCCUACCUGUCAACCCAAGCCUAUGACCCAAGCUCUGCAACUCGCCAUCGUUCAAGCAACCAAGAACGAGAAGAAAGGAGAAAGAACGAGAGCGAGGAGCCAGAGAGUUCGGAGAGAGAUGAGUCACCGAAGGAAGCAGCUGUGAUUACAAACAAGGAUCUCGAUCGAGAGAGGGCGAUUGCAGAAGCUAAGUUAUGGGGAGAGAACUUGAGGGAGAAGCGAAGAGCGGCGGAGAGUUCGAAUGGGUAAGAGAGUUGACAAGAGAGGAUGAGAGUUUGUAUAUUGAGGGUAAAGGGGUAUAACGUUCAUGUACUUUUACUGGUUACUCUCUGUAUUUGUUCUUGCC